AUGGAUCUGCCUCUAAGGUAUCUUGCUUCCGACCACAUUUCCAUCUCCGAUGAAGCUCCCGGUGAUGUGGCCCAUAGCAACUGGUUCUUUGGGUUCCUCAGCAUGCCGGAACAGAAGCCGCCCCACUGGUGGCUUAGCCCCUUUAGAACGCUCUGCAUGGGAGUCUCCUCUGGCUUCUGCAGCAACGGGGAUGAUCUUCGGGCUGCCAACCUGGACAAACAAGAUCAGGGUGUCCUUCCCCGGUUGCUCAAUGGGCGCAAGUUGGCGGUGCCGUGGAGGUCCAGCAUGACUUGGUUCAGAUGA